AUGGAAUCAUCACCAGAAGAACCACAACAAAAGCGCCCGCACCUCAACAACAACCAGGAAAACUCGUCAAUGGCUCGCAACUCUUCGUCUUCGUCAGACGACAACAAACCCGUUGAUGCUGCAGUACUUCAAUACCAGAACCAUAAACUUGUUCAGCAGUUAGAGGCACAGAAGCAAGAGUUACAUGAUCUAGAAGCCAAAAUCAUGGAAUUAAAAGACAAACAAGCUUCUUAUGACAAUAUGCUGAUUAAAGUGAAUCAGCUAUGGAAUCAGUUAGAUGAAGAUUUAGUUUUACUUGGAGUGCGAGCUGGGGCAGGCAAAAGUGCUUUACAACACUUAGAUCGCAUUGAUUCUUCUCGAGGUUCAAUUCCAUCAUGUCCUCCGGAGGACAUGUUCCUUUGUAGGCUACUACAAAAAAAUUCCAUUCCAAGGGAUGGAGCUGAUGGAUCAAUUAAUUAUAUUAAAGAAGCUCUUGCAUCACGUCAGGCUUCUACAAGCGAAUUGAUGAAAUUACUGGAAGAUACUAUUUUUGCUCAGAGAGCCAAACUGGAGGACAUCACUCAGAUUUUGCAGGGAAACCAAUCCGCAGAAGAUGCUAUCAUCCAAUUACAUAAGCUGGAUGAUUUAAUGAAAGAGGAGGCUGGUCAUCUGCACGAGGCCAUUGAUGUUCUUCAUUUGAAGCAUAAACAAUAUGCAGACGAAAUUCAGACUUGCAUCAAUAACCAUUCAGUGGAUCAAUCUGAGAUAAAGCGUCUUGCAGGUGAGCUGGAAGAAAGCAUGGCAGAUCUUGAAGAAAGCAGAAGAAAACUGAUUAAUCUGAAAAUGCAGAAAGACGGGGCAUCUGGGGUACAGGUUCCCAUCCCAGUUCCUGUUUUAGGUGUAGAGAAUGGAACUAUGUCUCCUGAAAAGCCUUCAGAUAGGUCAAAACGUUUAAGGGAAGCAAAAGAGUCUAUCGAGGAAGUAAAGGUACUGGCAGAGGAUCGCCUUUCUGAGCUUCAAGAGGCACAGGAGGACAAUAUGAUCUUGUUAAAACAAGUGCAGGAUCUUCAGAAUGAACUGAAGGAAGACAAGUAUGUAUUAUCAUCUCGUCCUUACACCUUACUGACUGAUCAGCUCCAGCACUGGAAUGCUGAGGCAGAACGUUAUAAAGCGGCGACAGAGUCUUUGCAGGCUGAUAGGUCUUUCAUCAUACGAAGGGAAAAAGAACUGAAUAUAAAAGCAGAGUCUGUAGAUGCUGCACGGGACAAACUUGAUAAAUCUGAGUCAAAGAUUGAAGAACUAGAGCAUCAACUACAGAAGUGUGUUAUUGAGAAAAAUGAAGUGGAGAUAAAAAUGGAAGAAGCUUUGCAAGAUUCAGGGAGAAAAGAUGUUAAAGAGGAGUUCAAGGUAAUGGCAUCGGCUUUAUUGAAGGAAAUGGGAAUGAUGGAAAGCCGGGUGAAUAGGUGGAAGGGGACGGCUGAUGAGGCUAACUCCUUGCGCGAGAAAGCCCAGUCAUUGAAUUCUUUACUGGAUAGAAAGACUAUUGAUCUGAAGGCCUUGGCUGAUAUAUGUGCUCAACAGAUCGGAGAGAUCAAGUCCUUAAAUGAAAUUAUUGAGAAAAUGCAGAAGGAACAACAAGAGCUUGAGUUUUAUUUGGACAUGCUGGGUCAACAAAUAUAUGAUAAUAGAGGGGUGAUGGAAAUUAAUGAAUCGGAAAGAAGAGCUCAAUCUCAAGCUGAAAUUUUGAGAAAUGCGCUAGACGAACAUGGUCUAGAGUUGAGAGUGAGAGCAGCUUAUGAAGCUGAGGCUGCAUACCAGCAGAGGCUUUCUGUUGCAGAUGCAGAAAUAGCUGAACUGAGGGCUGAAUUAGAAGCUUCUGAGAGGGAUGUUUUGGAGCUCAAGGAAGCCAUCAAUAUCAAAGAAGGGGAGUCAGCAUUGUAUAUUUCUGAAAUUGAGACUAUUGGUCAAGCUUAUGAAGAUAUGCAGACGCAGAAACAGCACCUGUUGCAGCAAGUUACUGAAAGAGAUGAUUAUAAUAUCAAGCUGGUUUCUGAGAGCGUAAAAGCAAAACAGUUACAGAACUUAUUACUCUCUGAGAAUCAGGCUUUAGAAAAGCAACUUGAACAGGGUAAUGGAUUGCUUGAAUCUUUAAAGUCGAGGAUUGCCCAAAGUGAAGAGCUGAUGAAACUUUACCAGGUGGAAGCAUUAAGUACCAUCCAAGAAGACAGGCACCUUGCAAUAAAAAUAGAAACUGCAAAAUGGGAAUUAGCAGAUGCUGAAAAGGAAUAUAAGAUGCUGAAAUCCGCUGUAUCUUCAUCAGAAAAGGAAUAUGAGCAGAUCCAGAGGAAAAUGAACGAUAUUCAAAUAGAACUGGACAGUGAAAGAAAUGAACGAAAGAAGCUCGAUGAAGAACUCAUGGAGUUGAAUGGAGCCGUAGCUGAGAUGACUUCUGAAAGUGGGGAGGCUGCAAUUCAGAAACUACAGGAUGAAAUCAAGAAUUGCAAAGCUAUUCUCAAGUGUGGGGUGUGUUUUGAUCGACCAAAGGAGGUUGUAAUUACGAAGUGCUACCAUCUAUUUUGCUAUCAGUGCAUCCAAAGGAAUUUAGAGAUUCGCCUCCGCAAGUGCCCGGGUUGUGGAACUCCAUUUGGGCAAAGCGAUGUUCGAUUUGUAAAAAUUUAA